AACACACUGCCAGUAUAAAUGCAUGCUGGUAUCCAUGGAGAGCCCGUCAGUGUCCCUGGUCACAUUAUUUUGUCAAGAGUCCUAGUAACCCUUAGUAACCAACUGUGGACUUUGAAAUACAAAUGAAGAGGAAGACGUGUGAAUCUAAGAGGAGUAACUAUAUAUCCAUGCAAAUAUUACUUGAAUUAUUUUGGAAGAUUUUAGAAAAAUAGUGUUAUAUUUCCAUUUUGGUUGUUUUUUCCUUUACAUACAUACUGGUCCUCCAUGUUGCAUUUUGUUGUGAAUGAAAAAAAUUGUUCUUUUAUUCAAUUUGCUUUAUUACAUUUUGGCUGAAUAUUUGGGAAUCCUUAAUUCAUUGGGACUCAUAUCACACUGGACUGAUCAUACAAUACAGUGGGUGAGGUGAGAGACAGAGGACCCAAGUGCAGACAGGAGGUAUGCGUCGUGGUGACUGGUUGGCAUGGCCCGGAGAGGCUCAGAGACGGGAAGAAAGGAGAACAGAGGCCAGAUUGGCUCAGGGUCUACAGAGACUCGACCAGGCCAAACAUUAUCAUCUCAACUCACUGACCAGAGAACAGCAGAGACUACAUAGAGAUCUCAUCUCCAUGAAAACAGGUAACCCCUGGAAAAGAGGACUUCACAGUUUAGGCAUACAAACCACGAACCAUGAUGUUGGCCGACCUGCUCCAUCAUACAAAAGGACACUGUUACCCAUAAUCCCACUGGCAGGCAGAGAGAUUGAAAGUCACAGGUCAAUGAAACCCCAGCCAGUAUCUUCGCUGCAGGCUCGUGUUCAGGAGUUUAUCAGCAAUGGGGAGAAAAGGGCAGAACAUUCCACAGAAACGUUCUGCCUGCCCGACCUUACACAACAGCCUGUCACUUCUAUAAGCACUACAACCACAAAAAGAGAAGAGAGCAAGGAAAAAGAGAUGGACGGAGAACAUGAGAUGCAGAAAGACACAGAAAAGGAAGGGCGCAUGAAGGUUGGAGAAGUGUUGAGGAACAGAGAAAAAGACAUAGAGAAGGAGUGGAUGCUACUAAAAGAGAGAGAUAAUGAAAUAGAAGCUGAGAUAAAUUGGAAUAGAUGUCCAUCAUUUUAUGAUUAUUUUCCCUCUGAAAUGUUAGCUCCUGAUGGGCAUUUAAGAGCAGUUCACACCCUACCAAACUUUGCCCAGGCCCUGUCUGAAGCACGAAAAGCAAGAUACAUAAGACACAGAGGACAACCACUGUGUGAGCGUGAACUCACCAUCCGUGAGAUAUUUUCACAGGACCCUAAAGAUACACCUGCUUUCUGAGACAAACUAAACAAGUGGUUUUCAAACAUUUUUGCUUCAGGAUUCAGAUUUUAUAUUGGAUGUAAAAUUGAGACCCAACACAGUGCCAAAAUUGAUAAUCACUGAAAUUCCAUUAAAAACAAAUACGGUACAAAACGUGUUUAAUCCAUCACGACUUUCUAUAGACACAAUGUCUUUUUUAUACUGUACAAACUGUAUAUUCGAUCCCCUAAACCUCACACUACCCCUCACACAAACCUUUCUGCAUUUCUAGAACUUUCAA